AUGUUUCUGAGAUUAGCAUCCAAUUUCAUUAGGCAGCCUAUGAUGAUGAAACAAAUUUCAAAGUAAUUGAGAUUUCUGCCUAUGACAACAAUAUUGAACAAUCACAAGUUGUUGAUCUAUAAUUUAUCAUAAUUGCACACAGCAUUCUUUUAGAUUGAAGAGUAGAAUGAUGAUGAGGACUUAUUGUAAAUACUGUCUAUGAAUAGAGUAGAUUGGAAGAGGUCCCAGUACGUAGGACAAACUCAAACUAAUUGA